GAAUCAGGAGGAAGCUCAACCACAGAGGAGUGAAGUGUGGCAUUGCCUUAGAGAAAAAGAACUUGUAGAGACAGGUCCCAGAUAGAUCCACCCAGGAGCUUUAAGAGAAAGGAUUUCUUCAUGAAAUAUUCUCAGACCUUCCAAGUACAGGAAGCGACCAUCUACUUCUACAUUUAACACCUGACACAAUGUGCCCAGCAGGCCCCCUGUGAAUGAACAACAGACUUCUUUACAACAUGACCCACAGGGACAAUGUAAGUCUUCUCUGCAGUCUGAAGUUUGUGACUCUUCUAGCUGUUCUAAGCCCGGAACUUUCAUUCCUGGGAGCCGGAGUACAGCUUAAAGACAAUGGAUAUGAUGGAUUACUUGUUGCAAUCAAUCCACAGGUACCUGAGAAUCAGGAUCUCGUCCCAAACAUUAAGGAAAUGAUAACUGAAGCUUCUUUUUACCUGUUCAAUGCUACCAAGAGAAGAGUGUUUUUCAGAAAUAUACAGAUUUUAAUACCUGCCACAUGGAAAGUUAAUAAUUACAGCCAAAUAAAACAAGAAUCAUAUGAAAAGGCUAAUGUCAUAGUGACUGAUUGGAAUGGAGUAAAUGGAGAUGAUCCGUACACCCUACAAUACAGAGGGUGUGGGAAAGAGGGAAAAUACAUUCAUUUCACAUCCAAUUUCCUACUGAAUGAUGAUUUAACGGCUGGCUAUGGAUCACGGGGCAGAGUGUUUGCCCACGAAUGGGCCCACCUCCGCUGGGGUGUGUUUGAUGAAUACAACAAUGACAAACCUUUCUACUUAGAUGGCCAAAAUAAAAUUAAAGCAACCAGCUCGACAUUCCCACCACUGGUGGUCUCUCCCCAUAGUCCUCGUCAGUCCCAUGAGUCUGCGGGCAGCAGUACCUCUAAAGCCCCGUCGGCAGUCCAGGGUCAGCAUGGAGUGCGGCACGUAGUUGGCAGCCAAAAACCACCUGUUACACUGGUAGUUGAAUUCUGUAACGCAAGUACCCACAACCAAGAAGCUCCAAACCUACAGAACCAAAUGUGCAGCCUGAGGAGUGCAUGGGACAUCCUCGUGGACUCCUCGGACUUCAGUCACAGUUUUCCCAUGAACGGGACAGAACUUCCACCUCCUCCCACAUUCUCUGUUGUCCAGGCUGGUGACAAAGUGGUCUGUUUAGUGCUGGAUGUGUCUAGCAAGAUGGCAGAGCUUGAAAGCACAAGUGAAAAUGUCGAACCUUACCAUCAACUGAAAAACACUGUGACUGUGGACAGCAGUGUGGGCAACGACACUACUUUCCUAGUCACAUGGCAGAUCAGUGGUCCUCCUGAGAUUGUGCUGUCGGAUCCUACCGGAAGAAAAUACUACACAAAUAAUUUUAUCACCAGCCUAGCCUCUCAGACAUCUAGGCUUUACAUUGCAGGAACCGCCAAGCCUGGGCACUGGGCUUGCUCCCUGAACAACACCCACCAUUCUCCUCAAGUCCUGACAGUGACAGUGGCCUCCCGCGCCUCCAGCUCCACUGUGCCCCCGGUCACUGUGGAAGUCUUUGUGGAAAAAGACAGCAUCCAUUUUCCUGAUCCUGUGACUAUUUAUGCAAAUGUGAAAAAGGGGCUAUAUCCCAUUCUUAAUGCCACUGUCACUGCUGUAAUCGAGCCAGAGACUGGAGAUCCUAUUAUGCUGAAACUUUUGGAUGACGGAGCAGGUGCCGAUGUUAUUAAAAAUGAUGGAAUUUACUCGAGAUAUUUUUUCUCCUUUGCUGUAAAUGGUAGAUAUAGCUUGAAAGUGCAUGUCAGUCGCUCUCCCAGCGUAAGCACCCUAGUCCACCCUCUCGCAGGAAGUCAUGCUAUGUAUGUACCAGGUUACAUAGCAAAUGGUAACAUUCAGAUGAAUGCUCCAAGAAAAUCAGCACAUAGAAGUGAGGAAGAGCAAAAGUGGGGCUUUAGCAGAGUAAGCUCAGGGGGCUCCUUUUCAGUACGAGGAGUUCCAGAUGGCUCCCGUCCUGACGCCUUCCCACCGUGCAAAAUUAUUGACCUGGAAGCUGUAAAAGUGGAAGAGGAGGUGACUCUAUCUUGGACAGCUCCUGGAGAAGACUUUGAUCAGGGUCAGGCUACAAGUUAUGAAAUAAGAGUAAGUAAAAGCCUACAGAGUAUUCGAGAUGACUUUAACAAUGCCAUUUUGGUGAAUACAUCAAAGCUCAAUCCUCAGCAGGCUGGCACCAGAGAGAUAUUUACAUUCUUACCCAGAUCUUUUACAAAUGAACCUGAAUAUCAACCUGAAAGUGAAGCACAAGAAAACCACAGGAUGUAUGUGGCCAUCAGAGCAAUAGAUAGGAACUCUCUGAAGUCUGCUGUGUCUAACAUUGCUCAGGUAUCUUUGUCUAGUCCUCUGAGCUCUGCUUCUGCAUCUGGCAGAGAUCAUCUUAUACUGAAAGGAGUCUUAACAGCAAUGACUUUGAUAGGAAUCAUUUGCUUUGUUAUAGUUGUAAUACAUUACACUUUAAACAAGAAAAAAGGUGGUCAAGAAAAAGAAUGGGACGAAAUUACUAUGAACACAUGCACAGAGUACCUCCCCUCUUAGUUUUAAGAGCC